UAUUCAUUUGUUUACAUUUUGUUUUCCAAUUUGUUGAUUAAAUUAUUGUUGAUUGUUGAUUUGUGAUAAUUGUUUUUCUCUCUCUUUUUCUUUAGUUUUAACUAGUUAAAGGUGAAGAGAAAGUGUACACAUCACCAUGGAUAGAAUAGAUUUGGAUGACGAGCAAAAAGGUUAUCGUUGGGAAACCGAAUAUGAGAAAACAUGGGAAGCCAUUCGUGAGAAUGAGGAUGGAUUAUUACAGCCUUCCGUUAAUGAUAUGAUCCACCGAGCUAAAAGAAAACGAUUAACUGACCGUAAAAAUGUUCGUCUUGGUAUGAUGAGGCAUCUUUACAUAGUAAUUGACAUGUCACAAGCAAUGGUUGAAGUUGAUCUUAAACCAACAAGAAUCUAUUGUACACUUAAAAUAGUACAACUUUUUCUUAAUGAUUUUUUUGAUCAAAAUCCAAUCUCACAAGUUGGUAUAAUUGUUACACGAAAUAAACGUGGUGAAAAAAUGAUCGAAUCAACUGGUAAUCAUACAGCUUUAAUGGACACAAUUAAAAAAUUAAUGGACGUUAAUUGUGUCGGUGAACCAUCUUUACAAAAUUCACUGGAAAUUUGUUUACACUCAUUGAAACAUCUUCCAGCUCAUACAAGUAAAGAGGUUCUGGUCAUUUUUGGUUCUCUAACAACCUGUGACCCUUCCGAUAUUAAUGAAACAAUUGAAUCACUGGUUAAAUAUAAUAUCAGAGUUUCGGUAAUUGGUUUGGCCGCUGAAGUUAAAAUAUGCUCAACAAUUGCCAAAUUAACCAAGGGAACCUAUGAUGUUAUCAUGGAUGAAACUAAUUGUAAAGAUUUAAUCUUUAAUCAUCUUAAUCCACCACCGGCUACUGCUAAUUCAGAAUCAUCUCUAAUUAAAAUGGGUUUUCCACCUUACAUGAAUGACGGUGAAGGUAAAUCUUCAAUGUGUGUCUGUCAUUUAUCAUCGACCGUUAAUUUUUCAACCUCCGGCUACUUUUGUCCUCAAUGUGAAUCUAAAUACUGUGACCUUCCCGUUGAAUGUCAAACCUGUGGACUAACAUUAGUCUCAGCAACUCAUCUUUCUCGAUCCUAUCAUCAUCUAUUUCCCGUUGAUCUUUUCAAUGAGACCGAUUGUACCAAUGGGGAAAAAUGUUUCGCUUGUCAAAUAGAAAUGACCAAAACUUCCCAAUGUGGACAUUGUCACAAUAAAUUCUGCAUAGAAUGUGAUCUUUUCAUUCAUGAGAAUAUGCAUCUUUGUCCUGGUUGUGCAAGUAAACCAGGAAUUCAUAGGUAAUCAAUGAAUAUGAUAGCAUUUCACUUGUGUAAAAACCAAAAAAAACAACAUCAUGUAUUUUACCAUUCCACUAAUUACUUUGAUUAAAAGAUACAAUUCUUUCCAUUUUCUUUUCCAA